AUGUCUUUUCAGAGUACCCUCAGCCUGUCCUUGGACAAACCCACUCAUGCCGUUUGCAUGGUGGGCAUGGAAAUCACCUUGGACAUCAGUGGGUGUGCACCCAAGAAGUGCGAGUCCUUCAGCAUCCGAGGCUCUCCCAGGAUCUUGAUCCACCUCUUCAGCACCGUCAUUACUGGGAAGGAGGGUGCCGUGGUCUGGCGGCCAAUGAGCCAGCCCUUAGAGGCGCUAGUGAGGAUGGUGUCACCCAGCCCCACUAUGGAUGAGGACAAGGUGCUGGUCUCUUACUACUGUCCUGACAAAGAUGUCGCCACGGCCACAGCUGUCCUAUACCUCACUGGCAUCGAGAUCUCCCUGGAGGCAGACAUCUAUCGAGAUGGACAGCUGGACAUGCCAAGUGACAAACAGGCUAAAAAAAGAUGGGUGUGGGGCCCGAAUGGCUGGGGAGCCAUCCUGUUGGUGAACUGCAACCAUAGCAACAGGGACCAGGUGGAUGAUCAGUCCAGUGAGCAGGCGGUCUUCAACGAAAUACAAAGUAUGUCUCAGAUGACUCUGAUUGUGGAGGGCCCCGCCAAAGUCCUAAAGGAAUACCGCCUGGUCCUCCAUACCUCCAAGGAAGAGGCGAUGAAGGCAAGAGUCUACUGGCUCCAGAAGGGCACCACUUCGGUAUAUGACCUGGUAGUGGGACCUGGCAAGCCAGUUCAUGCCCUGGCUCCCUUUGAGAACCGAGGGAAAGAGGUUUUCUACAUAGAAGCCACGGAGUUCCCGUCUGCCAGCUUCUCAGGCCUGAUCUCCUUCUCGGUCUCCCUAGUGGAAAAGGCCCAGCCCCAGCAGUUAAUCCCAGAGAUGCCACUAUACAAAGAUACAGUGAUGUUCCGGGUGGCACCUUUCAUCUUCAUGCCUAGCACCCAGAUGCCUCUUGAGGUUUACAUGUGCAGGGAGAUGCAGCUACAGGGUUUUGUGGACACAGUGACAAGACUGAGCGAGAAGAGCAACGUGCAGGUGGCAUCUGUCUACGAGGACCCCAACCGCCAGGGCAAGUGGCUCCAGGAUGAGCUUGCCUUCUGCUAUACUCAGGCUCCACACAAGACUGUGUCCCUGAUUCUUGACACCCCUCGCGUUUCCAAGCUGGAAGAAUACCCCAUGAAAUACUCACUGAGCCCUGAUGUUGGCUAUCUGACCCAACAAACUGAGGACCACCAAGUGACUAGCCUGGACUCCAUUGGGAACUUGUUAGUAUCCCCACCCGUCAAGGCUCAAGGCAAAGACUACCCACUAGGCAGGGUCCUCAUUGGUGGCAGCUAUUAUCCAAGCUCCGAGGGCCGGGACAUGAGCAAGACCCUGCGCGACUUCGUGUGUGCCCAGCAGGUGCAGGCCCCCGUGGAACUCUUCUCAGACUGGCUGAUGACCGGCCACUUGGAUGAGUUCAUGUGCUUUGUUCCUGUAAAUGACAAAAAUGAUGAUGGGAAGGGCUUCCGGCUGCUGCUGGCCAGCCCCAAUGCCUGCUAUGACCUGUUUGAAGAGAAACAGAAGGAGAAAUAUGGGGACAUGACCCUGUUCGAAGACGUCAGAGCAGAGCAACUCCUUUCUAAUGGGAGGGAGGUCAAAACCAUUUCCCAAAUCCUGGAGGAUAAGGACUUGCGAAAGCAGAAUGACUACGUUGAGAAGUGUAUCAGCCUGAACCGCACCCUCCUCAAGAAGGAGCUGGGUCUGCUGGACAAAGACAUCAUCGCCAUCCCACAGCUCUUCUGCCUGGAACUGCUGACCAACGUUCCCUCCAACCAGCAGAACACAAAACUCUUGGCAAGGCCGUACUUCCCCAACAUGCUGCAGAUGAUCGUGUUGGGCAAGAAUCUUGGCAUCCCCAAACCCUUUGGGCCCCAAAUCAAGGGCACCUGCUGCCUGGAAGAAAAGGUCUGUGGAUUAUUGGAGCCCCUGGGUCUCAAGUGCACCUUCAUCGAUGACUUUGACUGCUACAUGACCAACGUGGGAGACACCUGUGCCUGUGCUAUUGUAAACCGGGUGCCAUUUGCAUUCAAGUGGUGGAAGAUGGCCCCUUAA